CGGCAAGGCACAUUGGCACUACACAACUACACUACUACUCUUUGAUUUCCGUGAUGGAUACCCAACAUCGUCGCCACACAACGACCAGGCUGUGUUUCCACUCGGCAUUGUUUUCCGUUGUCCAGGCCCUCCAACUUGAAGUCGAAAACACGCACUCGCUCAGGACAACAUACCCGUACCAUACACUAGACGACAGGCCGACAUUGAGGCCGAAUCAGAAUGAAAAAGGGGAAACAGAAGCGUCAAGUACAUUUGCACUCCCGAUACUCCUCUCUUCUCGUUUCCGCACGUUUGGGCAGACAAGGCUUAAUGGUGUCGAACCAUGGCUUCUCACCGUCUGCACAUGUGGCUGUAUGCCGCUAUAGCCCUCCUUUUGUUGGCCACCCACAUCUCAGCCUCCAACAUUCCUCAAGACGGAACGACCUCAGCUCUGGAAAUAGGUCUGUUGUCACUCAAGGGCCGAAGCCUUCCCGAUGGACAAUGCAGCAAAGAUGUCCCUUGCGCUGAUGGCUCAUGCUGCCAUGGAACUUCUGGUUUUUGCGGUCGAACACCAGAGCACUGCGACGCCAAGGUCUGUGUGUCCAACUGUGACGCAAAGGCCGAAUGUGGCCUCGGGGCAGAUCCUCCAGGAAAGGAAUGUCCUCUGAAUGUCUGCUGUGGUCCAUGGGGAUAUUGUGGUACUACUGAGGGCUUUUGUGGAGAUGGAUGCCAAAGCAAUUGUGAACAGCCUUCAUCUACCAAGCUCAGUGAUGGUGAUGUCACAAAGCUCGUUAUUGGAUACGUAGAAGCUUGGAACAUUGACAAUAACGAGGGCUGUUCUUCCCGCAGGUCUGACUGGCUACCAGUCGACACCAUCACUCAUCUCAACGUGGCUUUUUAUUACAUCUCGCCGCACUUUUACGACAUUGUUAGAAUGUGGGGAGUCAGCGAUGAAGCCCACAACAACCUCAUGAACAUGAAACAGAAAGCCCCCGGCCUCAAAAUAUGGCUCUCCAUCGGCGGCUGGACUUUUAGUGACAAUGACACCGAUACCCAGCCUCUCUGGGGUGAGAUCGCAGGCAGUUCAGCAAAUCGCGCAAAGUUCAUCAAGAAUCUCAGCACCUUUAUGUCCGAUCACGGUUUAGACGGCGUGGAUCUGGACUGGGAAUACCCUGGUGCUCCGGACAGAGGUGGCAAAGAGGAAGAUGUCAAAAACUUUGUGACCUUAGUGGAAGAGAUGCGAAACGCAUUCGAUAUCCGCGAAAGCACGACGGGUAAACAUUGGGGUAUUUCCUUCACUGCGCCAACUUCCUACUGGUACAUGCGCUGGUUCGACCUCGAAAAGCUCAUGGAACCGAUCGACUGGCUCAACCUGAUGACAUACGACAUCCACGGAAGUUGGGACUCGCCAGAAAACUCGAUUGGCAAUGUUGUUUUGGCUCACACCAACCUUACCGAGAUUAAGGAGGCCCUCAAUCUGCUCUGGCGCAACAAUGUGCCAGCAAAUAAGGUCAAUCUCGGCCUUGGUUUCUAUGGACGCACUUAUGUUCUGGAAGAUGCCAACUGCCGGGGCCCAGGGUGCAAGUUCAAGUCCGCCGGACAUGCAGGACCCUGCACCAAAACACCCGGUGUCCUCUCGUACGAUGAAAUCACGGCCAUCCGCAAAGAGCUCAACAUCAAACCGACCUACGACAAAGAGGCCGGAGCCAAGUACAUGACCUACAACCAAACGGACUGGCUGUCCUUUGACGAUGAGGAUACGUUCAAAGAUAAAGUCAAGUUUGCCAACGAGCAAGGCCUUAGAGGCUUAUUCAUCUGGGCUAUCGAUCAGGACGACGACAAACACAACGCUCUGUACUCUGUCAUUGACGCCGGCAGGUUCAAGGACGCAAACGGUAUCGGUGCGGACUACGGCUGGCAGCCGAGCAAGUCGAGUUGCGAGUGGACUAGUUGCGGUACCCAUACAUGUACUAAGCCAGGCACGGUAGCCACGACCAGAGUGACCUGCAGCAACUGGCGUCCCAAAGGCGAACGCCUAGAAAAGGCACUCUGCUGUCCAAUCGAUGCGGCACCAAAUCCUGAAAAGUGUCGGUGGGCUGUCGAGGGUCCAGACAUUCUUCCAGAUAUUUUUGACGCUGUACCCUUGAAGAGCAGCAUCCUCGACGGCGCCUACAAGUAUUUGGGCUGGUGCGGCCAGGCCGAUUGCGCGUACGACGAAGUUUUAAUUGCGACUAGUGCGGACUAUAUGCUUGAGGGACAACCCGCCUCUUGUGUAAUAGGAGAUAUGUCGGGGGCAAAGUAUUGCUGUAAAACCGGCCGAUCUGGGAAGGAACUCUGUGGCGCAUCCGACUUUUGUUGGGCCGUUAGCGACUUGGAGAGCUGGAUGAAGAGAGGCAUCCCCACGGGAACAAAAGUUUGCCCUAAAGGGAGAAAGCUCAUGACAUAUGCCAGGAAUACAUGUGAUCAGGGCUAUGCCGUGCCUUAUUGCUGUGAUGAAGGAGUGCAGACCACAGAACGAUGCUUUUGGGCGGGAGAAGCCAAUGCUUUUGGCAGCGAGUGCCAAAACGCAAAAUCCUGCCCCGCAUACCAUGUCGAAGUUGCUGAGGGCCGUGGUGGUCGUUUGCGAUCCGGCGGCAUGACGCGGGAAGCCUGCAAGGAGGAAGGAGAGUGUGAAGUGAACAUUUGCCACAUCACAGCUGGUUGCACUGAUUACUACUGUCACAAUAAGUUCACAGAUACAGAUGAGAAACUCUGCUGUCCGGCCGAGGACCUCAACAUCCGAACUGAUUAUCUUCCUGUUCCCCUCGAAUAUCUUUUUGACACAUAUAACCCAGAUACAAUGGACGACUACAACGUUAACUACGACAUCAAGAUUGACAGCGUGAAAUCGACAAAGGACGUCAACCAGGAUGCCAACAAUAACGGUUUUGGUUGGCACAUUAUCUCGGGACCACCGGACUCGGUAACAACCAUUAGCGCGCGGGACGGCUCACAUUGGGCACUUUACGAUUGCGAUGACAGACCCCAUGAAGACCGGCGAACUGUGAAAGCCGUAUGCACCGACGAAUCCGACUCCAGCAACUGCGGUGACAUCUUUCUUGGCCAAGUAGCAGGCACAAUUGUCAAGAUGCCUGGUGGUUGCGGGCCGGGCAAAUAUGCCGUGGCGGUCUCCAUGACUCCGUCAACCGAUCAUGAAAUACCUGGGGUACUGGGCAAACACCUGGAAAAGAGAGGCAUAUCCACACCCCGCGUCUAUGAUUUUACCUAUGACUACGAUUACAGCCCGAUCGUUAAGCGCGGCGAUGAGAGGGUCAAAAUUCGCAUCGAUUACUCGACCGAUCCGGGUUAUUGGGCGGAAAUUGUUGCAGCUCAGCCCGGCAAUUACAAACGGCGCAUCAAAUCGCGCUCCGAUUUUGAGGUGGUCAAGCGAGAGAUGCAAGAGGAGGUGGACCGAAACCACGAGGGUUCAUGGCCCGACUUUUUGGAUCACAAGUUCUCGCUCGACAGGCGCUCGACACCCGAGCAUGAGCUACAUAAACUACAUGCACGCUGGUUCUCAUACGAUCUUUCCCGGUGGAUGGAUCGGUUCUCCAAGGUUGACGAAGCAUUAGAGGUUGCUUCUUACUCGGUGAAUGACCGAGUGAGGUGGAACCUCUUUAGCUGGACUCAGAUAUGCGAGCUGAUGGGUAUCCCUACCGAGAUGUACAUGAGGAUUUGGGCUGACCUCGAUAUCAAUGUCGAAACGACUGCUGAGCUGAACUUGAUUGGCGAUUUCGGCGACAUGAGUUCCUGGAGAGAGUCACACAUGCUAUUUCGAUCCAAAGGCGAGAUCAAGACUACGCUAAACCUUUGGGCCUUUGCAAGAAUGGCCUUCAACAGCGAUGAGGUGGAACUCUUUGGUCUCGACAAGUUUGGAGCGACUUUUAGCAUUCCUGGCCUCGUGACAAUUGGGCCCAAUCUGCGGGUCAAAGCUCAAUUAGACGGCGAAGCAACCCUGCACACUGAAGCAGCAGUCUCCCUCAAGAUAGCCGAGUGGGAAUACACCCAGCAAUACCCCAACACCCUGGGUGUGACCCAAAACCCACCCGAGAAACAUUCGGGCGCUACCUCCUUCUUCGACAAGGCCGCGCCUAACGAUAGCGGCUUCCCGCAGCCGACCUUCCACGCCGACGUCGACGCCCACGGCCAUCUAACCGUGACCAUGAAGCCGGUCGUCUCGUUUGGACUCACAUGGGCGAUUGACGUUCCCGACGUUUCGGCCGAACUAGGCAUAGAAGCCUACGCCACUAUCCACGCCGACGCCCAAGCAAACGUCAACAACGGUAACGACAACGGUCAAGUAGACGCCUCGGCCCAGGUCUGCUGGGGCGCUCGGUGUGGCUAUCGGCUCUACGCGGCUAUCAACGCACCCACCAUUUUCAAUUAUCAUCUCGCGCAGUAUUGGACUUUGCAUGCGGCGGAGCAGACGAUUAUCCCGCAGACAUGCUUGGCAUGGGAACUAUGGGAUGGCGCGCAAAAGUGCGAGGGGUGUCCGGAUAUUAAUGAUAAGUUGGAUCUUGGGAUUAGAGUUGGUGGGGGUGGGAUGAAGAGGAGCUUGAGUUUGGGUUUGGAUGAGGGGGUAUACGAUGCUGGGUUUGAAGCAGUAGCGGGUGCUGGUGGGCACAGUGUACCAAUAUUUGGUAAGCAGGAGGGGGAUGCUAGCACAGGAGUCUAUAUCGGAGAGCCGGCGGUAGAUAAAAGGAAGGUGGUUAGUUUGAGGGAUGCGCCGGUUGCGAAGGUAGCGAGGCCGAAUAUAGGGGUUAUGGAUUCUUUUUGAGAUUAGACGGUAGUUGUAGACAUUAGAUAUUAGAUACUUUAAGGUUUAAGGAAGAUAUACAAGUAAUUGUUAGUGCU